AUGAACUCAACCAUUGCAGGUCUCUCCGUGGACAUCGGCGUGCGGAAAGAAGAAGCACAUCGCGUGGCUCGCAUAACAACCCCGUCCUUUUGGGAGUUUCUACGUGACUGUGUCAAAAACCCCAAACUGAUCGCCAUGCUUGGGAUAAUGUACGCUCGUUUGGACGAUAUAAUCUGGAAGAUGCGUGAUAACACAAAGUGGCUGCUUAUAAAUUAUGAUACUGUGGCAGUCAACGAUCCAGAAGUUCUGGCGCUUCCGAUGCCGGCAGUGACGGGUGUAGCGAGUGCUCCUGAUCUCUCACGACUUUUUUCACUUGCCCUUGAUGGAUCGAUACUCUCAAACAGGACCCUUGAAAUGAUUAGCUCACCUACACUUGACAGUUGGCAUCUCGAAAAGGUCACUCUCUGGCCAGUACGGAAGGGCUAUGGAUUCUUCUACGAACGAAACCCGCUCGUACCAGGUGCAUUCACCUUUGGUCAUCCAGGAUAUGGUGGCCAGUUUGUGCAUGUUGAUCCUGCGAAUCAUCUGGUGUUGGUGUAUCUAUCGAACGGCUUGAAGACAGGCACUGGGGAGCUAUGCACGACUUACAUGAGACUUCUUCGAGCAGCAUACAGCUCAUUGCAAGAGAGAUAA